UUCUGAAGUCCCCGCCAUGGAAGCAGAUUAUUGACCGCGUUAGAUCCCAAAUUCGUCCCCUAGCCAUCGCCGCUGCCGCCAUGUGGAGGAACUCCCGGAGUUUCUCAUCCAAACUCCGGUCAUCAUCUUCAUUCCCUCUCCCUUCAACCACCACCACCUCCAUCUCCACCUUCUAUCGUCACAUCACCGUCGCUCGGCCGUCUCUGCGCGCUCUCUAUCCUUACUCCUCAUCGUUAUUCUCCUUGUUAUCAUUGUCGCCGUCCUCCUCGGAUCCCACCAGACAAGUUUUUUCGAAUUCCCAUGGAGUUCGGGUCUUUUCGAGCGUUGCAGAUCCUUCAUCUUUGGCUUCCGCAUCGGUGGUUUCCAGAGCCAGGGAGGCCGUGGACUUGGCUCGCCACUAUGGUCGCUGUUACUGGGAGCUCUCCAAGGCUCGUCUUAGUAUGCUAGUUGUUGCAACUUCUGGAACUGGGUUCGUUUUAGGGAGUGGAAGUACUGUGGACCUUGGGGGACUUUGUUGGACUUGUGCUGGUACCAUGAUGGUUGCAGCAUCUGCAAACUCCUUAAAUCAGGUUUUUGAAAUAAAAAAUGAUGCUAAAAUGAAGAGAACAUGUCGAAGACCACUACCCUCAGGGCGCAUCACAAUGCCACAUGCAGUCACCUGGGCAACUUCUGUUGGUUUAGCUGGCACUGCUAUGUUAGCUACCAAGGCUAAUAUCUUGGCAGCUGGUCUUGCAGCUUCAAAUUUGAUUCUCUAUGCAUUUGUAUAUACCCCACUCAAACAGAUUCACCCCGUAAAUACGUGGGUUGGUGCCAUAGUUGGUGCUAUACCACCACUUCUUGGGUGGGCUGCUGCGUCAGGACAAAUAUCUCUAAAUUCAAUGAUUCUUCCUGCUGCCCUUUACUUUUGGCAAAUACCCCAUUUUAUGGCUCUUGCAUAUUUGUGUCGUGAUGAUUAUGCUGCUGGAGGGUAUAAAAUGUUCUCUCUUGCUGAUGCUUCUGGUCAAAGAACUGCCGCUGUGGCUUUAAGAAACUGUCUGUACCUCGUUCCUCUGGGAUUCUUGGCUUAUGAUUGGGGUAUCACUUCGGGAUGGUUUUGUCUAGAAUCAUCCAUCCUCACACUUGCAAUCAGUGCGACUGCGUUUUCGUUCUACCGACACUGCACGAUGCAGAAAGCAAGAAGGAUGUUUCAUGCUAGCCUCUUGUAUCUUCCUGUUUUUAUGUCAGGACUUCUGUUUCAUCGUCUUUCUGACAAUGAGCAGACCAUGGAAGAAGAUAGUUCUGAAACGAUGUUGGAUGGGUUGAUACAGGAGGACAGAUAUAUUGCACAAAAGAACAAGACGGAGCAUCGCCGAGGUUUCGCCCAAGGUCGACCACCUGUUGCGUAUGCUUCGGUUGCACCCUUCCCUUUCUUGCCUGUUCCAGUAUAUGCUGACUCUUGAUGAACACAGUUCCUGUUUUCUUUUGUAAACACCUUCCGCAGCUUCCUCUUUUGAGUGAAAUAAUGAGGAAAGAUCUCAAAUUAUAUAAUCAGUUAUUGCUCAUUUUGUAUGGUGAUAGAAUUACCCAGAGGUAUCCAACUGUGACAGUUUUGGAAUGUGCAGUGAACUGUGCAUUUCCAUCCUUCUGAUUUUUUAACGGUCACUUCUUAAGAUAUUUUCUUUUGUUUAUAAA